AUGGCAAUGUACGAAAACGACAUGCCCAACGCUCUUGACGUGGAAUUCGAGCGCCUUUGGCCAAGCCCAAUCGCCGUUCGCACAACAGUCGCUCACUCUCCACCGACCAGCAUUGCUUCCUCAGACCUAGUCAAAAACACCGACCAUGCUCGCCCAUCUUAUCCAAACGUCCUGACACUCGACGUCGGCGGCCGUAAAUUCAAGAUCUCCACGGACACGCUCAUCGCCGAAUCUGGAUUAUUCCAGCGCCAAAUUUCAGACCGCUUCCACUGGCAGCCUGAAACUGAUGGGUCCUACUUCCUCGAUGCUGACCCGGAUCUGUUCGCGCAUCUCUUACGCUUCAUGCGCCGACCUUCCGUAUUUCCCCUCUUUUGGUCCAAAGGCCAAGGAUUUGAUUACGACCUGUACCAGCGUCUACAAGCAGAAGCAGAAUACUUUCAGAUGAAUACCUUACACGAGUGGAUCAAAAAGCAGAGCUACCUUAGCGCAAUCUCCAUCCAUACUUUUGAGCCGCGAACUCGCGAGCUGAAGGAUAUUCGACAGGAAAAGAUUGAUGGAAACGCAAGCGAGGACUGGCACUGCGUGCCGAGGACUAGGAAGAUAUACGUUUGUCCCCGCAAAAUUCCUGUGCACUAUGGGAAUCGGAGCGCUUGUGGGCAGGCGUGUCACAAGUACCAAGGUGAUGACGACACCGAAUACGACGAAGAGGACUACUUUGAGGUGGUCAGUGUGCAGAAGAGAAUCGUGUUCGAUGAAGAAGUCUGUCAGAUGGCCUGA